AUGAAUUCAAAUAAACGCCUUCAAAUGGUCCAAAGGGUGGGUAGAGGUAAGUAACCCAAUACUAUUUGCAACACUCUGUCCAGGCCUAUAUGAAUUCCUCAUAUGAACAUCACAAGUGUUGGGGCUCCGUGGUCACCAUGGUAACAGGUUCAGGGGGGCAGUGCCAUGGUGUGUGUGUUUGACUGUGUGUGUGUGUGUGUGUGUGUGUGUAUAUGUGUGUGCUAUGACUGCGUGCACGUAUGUGUGUGAAACUGUGUGCGUGUGUGUGUGACUGCAUGCGUGUGUUUGUGUGUGUUUGUGUGUGUUUGUGCUGCUGCCCUGUCCAGCUGUGGUAGAGAGAGAGAGAGAGAGAGAGAGAGAGAGAGAGAGAGAGAGAGAGGAGAGAAGAGAGAGAGAGAGAGAGCAGGUUGGGACCACAGUAUGGGAUGCCAACAAGAAGGGUCCACAGAAAAACAUACAAAUGUGUGCUGAAUGCUCAUUUUCCAAGGAAGAACGGCGAACCUCACCGAACCUCUCCGCCAAAACGUCAAUAAAAAUCUGAGCCCUCACACCCCUCCCCUCCCCCUCCCUCCCUCCCCUGCGCCUCCUCACCCCCCUCCCUCACCCAUGCCACCCUCCCCCCCCUCGCCCCCCCUCCUCCGCUGCGAUCCCUCCUCCAAUCGCCUCCGCACCCCCCCUCCCUCCCCCCCCUCCUUCCCUCCUCCCUCCCCUCGCCCCCUCCCCCCCCAUCCUCCCUCCCCUCCCCUCCCUCCCCUCACCCUCCCCCACCUUCCCUUCCCUCUCUCCCCCCUCACCCUAGCCUCCCCACCCUCCCCCUACCUUCCUACCCCCACCCUCCAGCCGUGAUUCAAUCAAAGCAUGUUCUAACUGUGAAAAGCGUGUUCUACUGCUGCGCACUGAACUACCAGAAAUGCACCUUUUAAAGACAUUCUCUUCGCAUAAACACUGCGAAUGUCGGCUUAUGUAAAUUACCCUUAAAAAGCACCCCUGACAUCUCAUAAACAAGAGCAAUGCGUUUGUCGGUCAAUGAAUCCUGGCCUAUGGUUCUGUGGUUUCAUCCAUAUCCUCUGCUAAAACCUGGGGUCACACUGUAUCCCUAUGGACGUUCAGUGAAACUGCAACACAAAACUUGAAAAUGACAUUUUCCUAAGGAACAUGUGUGUGCUUACCAGUCUUGAAGUGUUUAUGGUUGUGAAAUAAUAUAAGUAGUGGUAGUGGUAGUGACUACAGUAGAAAUUGUUGUUGUAGUAAUGGUAAUAAUAUGGUUGUCAUAGGCUAUGGGUUGGUUAUAGUGACCUAUUUUGGGGUGGUUUGUAGGUCCGGAGUUAUUAUAGUGGAUUAUAGUUGGCUAGUAUAGUAGGUUAGAGUGAGUAAUAUAGCAUCUUAAGCCAUAUCAUGUGUUUUUAAGCUCUCUGUUGGUGGGAAUAUAAAGCUAUAAUGUGUGUUUGAAGCUUUUGGAGGUAGAAAAAAAAUUAUCCAAUGAUGCUUAGGUGGAUACAGUGAAGACUGGUUGAGCAGGCAGAUAGUAGCCUAUGGACAAAAGCAAAUGUUGCUAUUUGCAUUACAGGUUUAAGAGCUCCAGGCAAGAACACAUUCUUGAACAGGUAUGGAGAUCGCAUGACCAGUUUACUUCAGAUACAUCUUACUUUGUGAUAUUUCAGUAAGAACACUACUGUAACAUUACACAUUUGUUCGUAUUACUGCACAGCAAGCACACUGAUAACUAGAAAAGGACAUAAUGGAAAUGUCUGUGCUUGCUAGUGGUCUUGAAGUAUUUAUCGUUGUGGUAGUGACAGCAGUAGUAAUGGUAGUAGUAGUUAUGAAGUAAUAGGGUUGUCAUAGGCUAUGGGUUAGUUAAAGUUAGUUAUGGCUGGUGUCGGUAAACGUCGGCAAAAAGGCGUAAUUAAAUUGUUGCCAGCAGCACAGUUACAGUCCCCAACGCUUUGGAUAACAUGAAAACAGCAUAACCAGCUCUGCAAGGGCGAGUAAAAUGGUCAGAGUGAGGUGUUCUCUCAUUUGUGUCUGGAAGUAGCUAGCAAGCUAGCCAACGUUAGCCAGUUAGCUUGAGUGCUUUACUGCUGUUGUGAUAGGUGAUUUGAAGGAGUCAGGCGCAGGAGGGUAAAUCACAGAAUACAGAGUUUAUUCCAUAGUACAGAGUUACGCUGGAUAGCGCCAAACAGUCCAGUGCGCAAAUCAGGCGCACUGGAACAAAACAGGCACACAGGGAAAUAUAUACCCCGGCAAUAAAAAAUACACGUAGCUCAACCGAGCUACUCUCUCCUCACGUUAAACAGUCACCCACAAGGACAAGGGGGGCAGAGGGAACACUUAUACAUGUACUAAUAAGAGGAUAUGAACCAGGUGUGUGUAAUUGACAAGACAAAACAAAUGGAAUGAUGAGAUAUGGAGCGGCAGUGGCUAGAAGGCUGGUGACGACGAACACCGAAGCCUGCCCGAACAAGGAGAGGAGGCAGCUUCGGAGGAAGUCGUGACAGCUGUUGUGAGGUCAGAACGCUCGGAUCAACCCUAAUCCUCGGCCAGAGGAAUGUUUGAAUGUUGAAUCCUGCAUUCCGCCAUAAAAAAAUAAAUAAAACGUUUAUAAGUAUGAAUGGUAUAGCAAAAAGCUUUCAGGUGUUUGAAAAAUGCAAAAUUCGGUCGCCAUGAUCUACAAGUGUGAUCUGAGAUUUCUAUUGGAGAAGCAGUUUAUAGGCCUUCUGUUUGCUACAACCAUAUUUGCAUAAAUCUUAAUGCUUCCCCCACCUAUCCUCAUGUACUUUGUGCCCCCUUAGAUUUUUGGGGUGCAUGACGCUACUGGUUAUGCCUUUAGUCUGCUUGGCGAAUCGUUCCCAGAAGUAUUAGCCCGUUGGACCUCUAGGUUUGAAAACUCUGCGCUUGUAGUGUGAAAGAUAUAAGUAGUUAAAAAAUAUUUUUUUCAAGCAACCUAAAGACAGUCAGCCUGCACUUUAAAAAAAGUUGUUUUGUUGUUGGUAGCUUUAAGGGAUCAAGAGCAGUGGCAUAUCCAAAUACUUCCCGUUGAAGCCUAUGGAGCUUUUAUAGUUCAAAAAGUAUAAAUGGUAUCAAAAAGCUGUAUACAAGCAACCUAUUUCAGAGUGGUCUGCACAUUUUAAAGUUUGAAUGGCAUUUCUAGCUUAAACGGUUGAAGAUAAGUUACAGUGGACAUUUUUACCAUUUAAAUUUAUGGCCAUUGAAAUGCAUUGGGAUUUAUGCAAAUAUGGUUGUAGUGUGAAAGUAUAAGUAGUAGCGGUGGGCACCAAUAUCGAUAUUGUUUGAUAUCGAUAUGAGCAAGGCACAUCGUGAUAUCAGUUUAUCCUUGUUCUUAACCUACACUAUUCUGUAAAAUCGAACACAUGACUGUUCCUGCAUGAACAAAAGCCUCUCAAUUUAGCAUAAUUAACUGCCUGCUGAUGAGCCAUCAACGGGCUUACCAUUGUAUUCAAACUGGCUGGGUAGGUUAGGCCCCCAGUAGGGACUCAGUAAGAAGUUGUCUGGACUUCAAAAAGCAGUGGAAGUAAAGUCCACACAGUAUCAUUCAUUCAAACAGAUAUGAUAUCGAUAUCGGUUUGAAAAAUGCAACUGAUAUAGAUUCAUCACUAAUAAGUAGUAUCUAAACAUUGCAGAGGGAGGUGUUCAGUCCCAGGGCUUUGAAGGCACUAUGGUGUUGAACGCUGAGCUGUAGUCAAUGACCAGCAUUCUCACGUAGGUGUUCCUUUUGUGUCAUCUGUGAAUUUGUUGGGGCGUCAUGCAAAUUGGAGUAGGUCCAGGGUGUCUGGGAUGAUGGUGUUGAUGGUGUUGAUGUGAGCCAUGACCAGCCUUUAAAAACAUUUCAUGGCUACAGAUGUGAGUGCUACGGGGCGAUAGUCAUGCAGAAAGGUUAUACCUUGGCGUUCUUGGGCACAGGGACUAUGGUGGUCUGCUUGAAACAUGUAGGUAGUACAGACUCGGUCAGGGAGAGGUUGAAAAUGUCAGUGAAAACACUUACCAGUUGGUCAACGUAUGCUCUGAGUACCCGUCCUAGUAAUCCGUCUGGCCCCAAGGCCUUGUGAACAGCUAGUAUGCCUGGAACGCAAGCAUUGUUCUCAGGCCAUGUUUCUGGUAUUACUGGUAUUAUAGGGUCGGUGGAUGGUGAUUGGUGGAAUUAUUGAGCCAAUUGGAAAGAUGCACACUUCCGAAAUCAUUUAAUAGGCACAGAAAGACCUGUAAACGUCCUUCUACCCCUCCUCUCUUCUUCCCCUCCUCCUUUCUCCUUCUCCUCCAACCUCAAGUGACCUGGAUAUAUCAGAUACCUUCCUGUUCUGCUCCUGUCAUUCCUCACCAUUGUCUAGCCAACUGUCAUUAUGUUUCACUCUCCAGACCCCACCUCUCCUCCAUCAGUGGAAGGGCUGGACCUGUUGAGUCCCUACCUGUUCACACACAGAGGGUACAACUUUACUGUCGGGGAGACCAACCCCCAGUACAUCGACUCCCUCCAGAGCUUUGAGAUUCAAGAAACAGACAUUUUCCUCAUCUCCUACCCCAAAUCAGGUGAGUUUGUGUGUGUGGUAAAAAUGAUAAGAUAAAAUGACCUGGGGAAUUUGUUAAUUUUUGAAUUCCAUGCUUGUUGUAUUAUUUAAAUGUGGAACAGAAUUGCAUCAAUCAAAUCACAAGUGUGUUCCAAAGUUGAUGGGUUUAUUGAUCCCCUCACUGCUCUUUGGAAGUUUCCAAUGAGUUUCGUCUCAGCACGUGACAUAGUUGGUAAGGGCGAGGGGUUGGUUUGAGAUUCACCGAUUGCCUAGUGAAAGGCCUCACACCCUUUUCAGAGUUGUCAAAUUUUGCUCCAUUAAAUUAAAAUCUAACAAUGGAUUAAACUGGGAUUUCUCCCACUGAUCUACUCAACCUGCUCCACACUUUCUAAAUAAAAUAAAAAAUUAUUGCAUUUUACAAAAAUGUGAUGGUGGUUAUUGUUUUUAAUGUUGUUUUACCCUGACUGCACUACAAAUGCCCAUUUGGGACAAUAAAGAUGUGUGUGUGAUAAACACAUCUUUAUUUUCCAUGAAAGGACAUUUGUCUUAGAUGUUUAAGGGCUGCAGCCUCCACAUCAACUAUCACAUAAUACAAUACAAACCCCACAAUAUAACAAGUAGUGCAAUAACUUUCCUGUGUGUGUAUGUGUGUGGGCGCGCCUGUGUGUGUAGGUACGAUAUGGAUCCAGCAGAUCCUGGUCCAGGUGGUGGAGGCGGCCCACCCUGAGAGUAGUGGCACCGACCAGAGAUCCACCAAUCUGGAGAAGAUGCCCUGGCUAGAGUACCCAGACACCCACCCAGAGCGCCCGCGCCCCGCACCCAGACUCUUCAUCUCCCACCUGCCCCCAAACCUGCUGCCCCCCAGCCUGAGCACCAAGAGACCCAAGGUAAAACCACCAAGCCCAGACAUAGAAUUACUGGGAAAAGGGUAAAGCCCGCCCACCAAAGGAGGUUUGGGAUAAAGGAAAAAAUAAGAAUUCCCAGUGUAUCUAUGACCAAUUACAAUAAAGUAAUCUUCUUCUUCUACUCCCCUUCUUCUUCCUCUUCUUUUGUGGUGUUCAGAUUGUGUACGUGAUGAGAAACCCGAAGGACAACAUGGUGUCCUACUACCACUUCUGUCAAGUGUGGAGCAAGCUGGAGACACCCAGCAGCUUCCAGGAUUUCUUUGACCAGUACCUGACAGGGAAAAGUAAGUUAUUGUGACAUAUCUUCCUUAUAUGUCAUUACGACAACAUUUUAAUUAUAUUGUUAGGUUCUUAUUAACAAAGAGUAAUAACUCAGAGACUAACUGUUGCCCUUCGCUUCCCUACUUGAGAUAUUAUAAUUUAACAGUGACAUGGUUGAACAGACAGAAACUUUCCAAACUCCCCCUUGUCUCUCUCAGUAACUUUCCAUACACAGUUCCUUGUUCACCCUCCACUGAUAGCGAACACAUUAUACACUGCUCAAAAAAAUAAAGGGAACACUUAAACAACACAAUGUAACUCCAAGUCAAUCACACUUCUGUGAAAUCAAACUGUCCACUUAGGAAGCAACACUGAUUGACAAUACAUUUCGCAUGCUGUUGUGCAAAUGGAAUAGACAACAGGUGGAAAUUAUAGGCAAUUAGCAAGUCACCUCCCAAUAAAGGACUGGUUUUGCAGGUGGUGACCACAGACCACUUCUCAGUUCCUAUACUUCCUGGCUGAUGUUUUGGUCACUUUUGAAUGCUGGCGGUGCUUUCACUCUAGUGGUAGCAUGAGACGGAGUCUACAACCCACACAAGUGGCUCAGGUAGUGCAGCUCAUCCAGGAUGGCACAUCAAUGUGAGCUGUGGCAAGAAGGUUUUCUGUGUCUGUCAGCGUAGUGUCCAGAGCAUGGAGGCGCUACCAGGAGACAGGCCAGUACAUCAGGAGACGUGGAGGAGGCCGUAGGAGGGCAACAACCCAGCAGCAGGACUGCUACCUCUGCCUUUGUGCAAGGAGGAGCAGGAGGAGCACUGCCAGAGCCCUGCAAAAUGACCUCCAGCAGGCCACAAAUGUGCAUGUGUCUGCUCAAACGGUCAGAAACAGACUCCAUGAGGGUGGUAUGAGGGCCCGACAUCCACAGGUGGGGGUUGUGCUUACAGCCCAACACCGUGCAGAACAUUUGGCAUUUGCCAGAGAACACCAAGAUUGGCAAAUUCGCCACUGGCGCCCUGUGCUCUUCACAGAUGAAAGCAGGUUCACACUGAGCACGUGACAGACGUGACAGAGUCUGGAGACGCUGUGGAGAACGUUCUGCUGCCUGCAACAUCUUCCAGCAUGACCGGUUUGGCGGUGUGUCAGUCAUGGUGUGGGGUGGCAUUUCUUUGGGGGGCCGCACAGCCCUCCAUGUGCUCGCCAGAGGUAGCCUGACUGCCAUUAGGUACCGAGGUGAGAUCCUCAGACCCCUUGUGAGACCAUAUGCUGGUGCGGUUGGCCCUGGGUUCCUCCUAAUGCAAGACAAUGCUAGACCUCAUGUGGCUGGAGUGUGUCAGCAGUUCCUGCAAGAGGAAGGCAUUGAUGCUAUGGACUAGCCCGCCCGUUCCCCAGACCUGAAUCCAAUUGAGCACAUCUGGGACAUCAUGGCUCGCUCCAUCCACCAAUGCCACGUUGCACCACAGACUGUCCAGGAGUUGGCGGAUGCUUUAGUCCAGGUCUGGGAGGAGAUCCCUCAGGAGACCAUCCGCCACCUCAUCAGGAGCAUGCCCAGGCGUUGUAGGGAGGUCAUACAGGCACGUGGAGGCCACACACACUACUGAGCCUCAUUUUGACUUGUUUUAAGGACAUUACAUAAAAGUUGGAUCAGCCUGUAGUGUGGUUUUCCACUUUAAUUUUGAGGGUGACUCCAAAUCCAGACCUCCAUGGGUUGAUACAUUUGAUUUCCAUUGAUAAUUUUUGUGUGAUUUUGUUGUCAGCACAUUCAACUAUGUAAAGAAAAAAGUAUUUAAUAAGAUUAUUUCAUUCAUUCAGAUCUAGGAUGUGUUAUUUUAGUGUUCCCUUUAUUUUUUUGAGCAGUGUAUAUGUAAGGUAAUCCAUAAAUUCUUAUAUAGUGACAGGAAUAAGUAGAUUUCAAAAUGGAACCCAACAGUCCCCUCUUGUUUGAAUAGUGACUCCAUACUGUUCAACAUUACAUAAACUUUGAAAUUGCUUAGAAAUAAAACAAAAAAGAGAACAUGAUUAGUAUAAAAAGAAAACCCUUGAUUAAUAUGUUCACACCUCCGAGACCUAUGGCCUCUGUGUAUAUAUUGUACUUAGUCUACACCCAAGGUUUAAGGCCCUCUUAUCAUCAUUAUAACCACACCAAUCACCCUUGUAAUUUCAUCCUAUCUUUCAGUGUUCCUCCCAGUGGUGUAAAGUACUUACAGUGAGGGAAAAAAGUAUUUGAUCCCCUGCUGAUUUUGUACGGUUGCCCACUGACAAAGACAUGAUCAGUCUAUAAUUUUAAUCGUAGGUUUAUUUGAACAAUGAGAGACAGAAUAACAACCAAAAAAUCCAGAAAAACGCAUGUCAAAAAUGUUAUAAAUUGAUUUGCAUUUUAAUGAGGGAAAUAAGUAUUUGAUCUCUCUGCAAAACAUGACUUAGUACUUGGUGGCAAAACCCUUGUUGGCAAUCACAGAGGUCAGACGUUUCUUGUAGUUGGCCACCAAGUUUUCACACAUCUCAGGAGGGAUUUUGUUCCACUCCUCUUUGCAGAUCUUCUCAAAGUCAUUAAGGUUUCGAGGCUGAUUUUUGGCAACUCGAACGUUCAGCUUCCUCCACAGAUUUUCUAUAGGAUUUAGGUCUGGAGACUGGCUAGGCCAGUCCAGGACCUUAAUGUGAUUCUUCUUGAGCCACUCCUUUGUUGCCUUGGCCGUGUGUUUUGGGUCAUUGUCAAGCUGGAAUACCCAUCCACGACCCAUUUUCAAUGCCCUGGCUGAGGGAAGGAGGUUCUCACCCAAGAUUUGACGGUACAUGGCCCCGUCCAUCGUCCCUUUGAUGCGGUGAAGUUGUCCUGUCCCCUUAGCAGAAAAACACCCCUAAAGCAUAAUGUUUCCACCUCCAUGUUUGACAGUGGGGGUGGUGUUCUUGGGGUCAUAGGCAGCAUUCCUCCUCCUCCAAACAUGGCGAGUUGAGUUGAUGGCAAAGAGCUCGAUUUUGGUCUCAUCUGACCACAACACUUUCACCCAGUUCUCCUCUGAAUCAUUCAGAUGUUCAUUGGCAAACUUCAGACGGCCCUGUAUAUGUGCUUUCUUGAGCAGGGGGACCUUGCGGGCGCUGCAGGAUUUCAGUUCUUCACGGCGUAGUGUGUUACCAAUUGUUUUCUUGGUGACUAUGGUCCCAGCUGCCUUGAGAUCAUUGACAAGAUCCUCCCGUGUCGUUCUGGGCUGAUUCCUCACCAUUCUCAUGAUCAUUGCAACUCCACGAGGUGAGAUCUUGCAUGGAGCCUCAGGCCGAGGGAGAUUGACAGUUCUUUUGUGUUCCUUCCAUUUGCGAAUAAUCGCACCAACUGUUGUCACCUUCUCACCAAGCUGCUUGGCGAUGGUCUUGUAGCCCAUUCCAGCCUUGUGUAGGUCUACAAUCUUGUCCCUGACAUCCUUGGAGAGCUCUUUGGUCUUGGCCAUAGUGGAGAGUUUGGAAUCUGAUUGAUUGAUUGCUUCUGUGGACAGGUGUCUUUUAUUCAGGUAACAAGCUGAGAUUAGGAGCACUCCCUUUAAGAGUGUGCUCCUAAUCUCAGCUCGUUACCUGUAUAAAAGACACCUGGGAGCCAGAAAUCUUUCUGAUUGAGAGGGGGUCAAAUACUUAUUUCCCUCAUUAAAAUGCUAAUCAAUUUAUAACAUUUUUGACAUGCGUUUUUCUGGAUGUUUUUGUUGUUAUUCUGUCUCUCACUGUUCAAAUAAACCUACCAUUAAUUAUAGACUGAUUAUUUAUUUGUCAGUGGGCAAACAUACAAAAUCAGCAGGGGAUCAAAUACUUUUUUCCCUCACUGUAAGUAAAAAUACUUUAAAAUACUACUUAUGUCGUUUUUUGGGGUAUCUGUACUUUACUUUACUAUUUAUGUUUUUGACAACUUUUACUUUUACUUCACUACAGUCCUGAAGACAAUUAUGUACUUUUUACUCCUUACAUUUUCCCUGACACCCAAAAGUACUCGUUACAUUCUGAAUGCUUAGCAGGACAAAAAAAAUUGCUUAAUAUAAGGAAUUUUACAUUAUUUGUACUUUUACUUUUACUUUUCAUACUUAAGUAUAUUUUAGCAACUACAUUUACUUUUGAUACUUAACUAUAUUUAAAACCAAAUACUUUUAGACUUUUACUCAAGUAGUAUUUUACUGGGUGACUUUCACUUUUACUUGAAUAAUUUUCUGUUAAGGUAUCUUUACUUUUACUCAAGUAUGAAAUACUUGAGUACUUUUCCCACCACUUGUUCCUCCUAUAUAUAACUGAUAAUUACAUUUCAUUUGGAGAUUUUGGCUUUCUCUUCCUCUUUCGGGUUCCUAAGAGAGUGAUAGUAGAAAAGGAAACUCAGGAAGAGAGUGAGAACACAAAAUAUUGCAAUUAUUAUUAAUUGGUUAAUAUGGCGAAACUCGAAGUUUAACGACAUGACGAUUACCACUCUCCCUUAUCCUGACUGUAAACCGUUGGGAUACUUUCUGCAGGGAUCCACAAAAAUGAAGGCUGUAUACACUUCCUCAUGCUUGUACCCUGCCUUCCCCUCUCAGGCUGGAGGUUUACAGGAGGUGUUCCCACGCCAUGUCAUCCUCACUUCGCCUCUGGUCCAACACCAUUACACAUAGAUUAUUCCAUCUAACCCAUAACACGUUGAUCACUGCUGCUAGGCUACUUGUAUAGUUAUAAACAUACUAAAACAUGUUCAAAUCAAUUAGUCAGUUUCCAACAGUCCCUCAUCUGAAACAGUGAUCACACGUUCCACGCCACCUAGAAAACGUAUUGACUUGAACAAGGAAGAGAAAAAAUACAAGUUUAAUAAUUUCACACCAUCCUUCAAGAGAAUGAGAUUGGGGCAAGGACCGUCCAUCCGAUCUGUUCUAUGCCGAUGGGACGCUAGAUCUUCACUGGGCUCCAUGAAAAUGAGAUCCCUGUUGGAUAUCCCUCUCACUUAUACCCAGUCUCCCCCUAUCGGCUUCAGAUCAUCGGAGACGGCUCACUCACACCCUGUCCCACAUCCUCAUCCUCGGGUGUCUUAGCAAGACACAGACUACGAGCCUUGUAAGUAAUUAAUUGGACUGUAUCAUCCAGCAAGCCAUAGGUAUUAAUGCACUUUACCAUUGUGGUUUUGAUGGCAUGGUAAAACAAAGCCCCUAAAAUUAAGAUCUCAGUUAUGGCUGACAUUGCCCAAGCUGCAAUCUAUAGUGAGCUUUCUGAUAAUCUCCAUCUCGAAGGACAUGAACAGAUAAGGUUUCCCUAGUCUCAAUUAUUCUUACAAAUUAUGAAUUAAUUUCAGAAACCACCUGCAGAAUGAGUAGUGCACCCUCCCCUCCCUUUGUGCCCUCUCUCCUUCUCACCUUCCCCAAUCAUAAUUAGAACUUCUGAUAAAUUAUCCAACCCAAAUUUAGAUUGACAGUCCCUAAUGCUUCACUUAGAGUCUAUCACUCGAAUUUAAGACCAUCAGCUUAGCACAAACCGACAAUGGCAGAAUGUACAUUUACAGACAGGGAGAAAUGUAUACAGUAUGUACUACUAACGUUAACAUAAAGUAUAUCCAUCUUAUAUUUCUAGCAUUAACUUUUCUAAGUACUGCAUUUUUUUGUCUAAAUUACUAUACAUUUCCCAAUAUGCAAUUUUGGGCAACCCCAAAUCAAUUACGGGGAAUAAUCAGAUCUUCCCAACCAGAAGAAUCUCUCACCUGAGCCGCCACAACCAUCCUUUCCGGUCCAUUCUAUCCUGUCCAUUUUCCGACCAGUGCACCAACAGCAUGAGAGAAUACCAUCUAGAUACCAUCUGGGAUCACUAUUGGUAUAACCUCAAGAGAAGGCAGAUCAGAACAACAGUUUAGGGCAUUUCUGAUUCAGGGAACCCAGACAAACGAUUCACUGUAUGACUAAUUAUUACAUUUUCCAACAUUCUUAAUACAAAUGUCUAAAACAAAUGUCGAAGAGAAUAACAAAACACUGUUGAAACCUUUUUGCAAAUUGGCUUAUACCACAGAGUUACAGGGUCAGGGAGUUAGAGGCCUAAGCCUUAGGGAAAAAUCUCGACAAUACAGCAGACCCAAUCUGGUGAGAUUUUGUAUUGAAGCAAAGACAAAAACAAAAUGAACAAAACAACAACAGCGAUACACCUCUUCAGAAUUAUCAGCGUUUACGUAUUAUAUUUGAAUUUCAACCAAUGUCUCUAGCCUUUCUAGCGAGGGUGAUCAGGCCUCACCAGAAAGUCAGAACAGUCAGAGGUCAUUCAGUACCAUUAAGUGAGUGUUUCUUUCCAUUUUCUUUCCCUGUACUUCAGACUCAUUAUUUAAAAACAUUUCAAACAUUCUCUGUACCAGGUUUACAUUGGGUUUUUCAGUACAUUUCUCAUCAAGAAAACUUACGUGUGGAACCAAAAUUCAGGCAAUAGAUAACAUUUCAUUUGUGUGCCCUUUAAGGUGCAUCCUUUCUAACCUGUGAAGACCCUACUAAACCCAAGUAGAAAGAGCACACACAAUAAAUCAGACACGGUAUUAACGGCACUAACAAAUAUUCAUAACAGGGGGGUUGUGUGUGAAUGCUGGUGUGUGGUAUAAUGUGAUGACAAAAACAAACAAAUGGCCAGGCCUUACUUAAUUUGGAGCUCCCGUAACGGCUGGAUCCGGGUACCUUUAUACUUUAUAGAACGGCAGAAUUUCACAAACUACUCCCCAAGGCAACGGCCUCAGGAAACAUUUCAAAGGGAGGGAUACAUAGUCAUUUUUAAACUCAUCAGAAUACUUGGUAGGGGACACACCAUCCUCUCCUGGAAGAGAAAAUAAUCAUUUAGUUAGUUUUCAUUGUGCUAAAUCUCAAUCAGUCCUAAAAAGUCAAAAUGGUAAAUCUUUCUAUCUUACUUUCCAUGUAACUUUCCAUUUAACUUUCCUUUACCAGGUGAACAGAAAGGUUUUAAUUACAGACUAAACAAAACAUGAUAACUUCUGUUCACAGGGAGGCCCCUUUACUUCCUCCUUACUGGAAGGUAUCAUGUGCUUUAAUCUACCCCAACAUAUACUAUUACCAAUCUCCGUUAGAUAUUCACUAUUUGCUUCACAGUCAUUAAUGUAUAUUAUUUAAAUGUGUAAUGGUCCCAAAUGAUAAAAUACACCAACCAGAUACCAAUAUUCACCAAAUUAAAAUGUACUGCAUCGAUUUAACUGUUCUUUACCAUUUUCUGCGUAGUUUCCGAAUUUUGUCCAGUGGGUGCUAGUAACGUGUUGGUCUUUUGUACUGUUAACGAUAGUCGCUACUGCAUGUGGAACAUACAUAUCUACUUUUUUAACCAUAAUAAUCAAGGCGGUGUUGUGAAGAACCACUUCGGCUGCUUGUACUAAUAGGCACGGUGGCAUUCCUCUUGCUACUGAGUCUAAAGAUUUACUCCAGUACAUGACUGGUCUGUCUUUUCCUCCAUGAUUCUGCAUAACUUUACUUGCCGAAGGAGGGUAAAAAGGGUGUAGUUCGAGUUUACCCUCCACUACCGCGCUACAGUGCCCAUCCUAUUAAUGCACAAACAUUUAAGAGGGUAAUUCUACCCCAAUGCAGGUGCUUAACACAAUUAUUUCAUUACCUCUACAAACGCUUCCUCAUACUCUUAACUCCACUUUAUUCUCUCGUGAGACCCCUCCUCCCUUUCGUCAAUUCUGUAAAACUAUUUAAGAGAAAAACUCAAUAAAGUUCCUCACCAAAGCGUUAAAAAAAAAAAAAAACUUGCGAGGAGUGUUUCGUCAUCGUACCAAGUUUAACUUGUUACUUUUCAGAAUCCAUUCCCCUGGCAUUUCGCAUAGAUUAUCCAAACCCAAAAUCGGUUCUAUCACAGCUACCAUAAAGAAUGAGCCCGGUAUGAUUACUGGACCUAUUGUAAAUGGCAUGGGUAGUAGUUGCAUAACUUUUGAUUCUGUCUCUGAAACUCCAUACUGAACGAAUUUCGUUUUUUUUGUCUUAAAUUUAGCCAUUUUGAGCAACCGCAUUGAGGCCAAAUUAUACCCUAUGCGUUACCCCCAACUCCGGUUACUUUCAGGAAUGCUUGCUGUUGCUCACUAGUCAGUGAAGAAAAAGUCUGCACAGUAGCACUUAGCCCGGAAUGAGUCGGCGCAGAGGGUUCAGGCACCAUCUGUAUGCACUGCAAUAGGGAAUGGAGGCUGCGCGCUUUCCCGCCGGUUCGUUUUUCAAUGAUGCCAGGUAGGCUUCUUCGGUUUUAUAGCAGAGCUGUGUUUACUUAAUAUGAGCAGCUGAGAAAUAAAUAUAAGAACACUUAUUUCACUCCAAGCAUCAACCACCGUUUGAGGAGCAUGCUCUCGCUGCCCGACAGGUGAUAUUCUGCCCAAACUCUGUAUGCAAUGGGCUCUCCAACCCUGUUCCUGCAGCUACCCAGUGCUUCAUUUGGGAAACCAAGUGAAAUCUGUUCAGGAACAUCGAUAGUAACAUGUUUUCGCAGCGAAACAUAUUUCACUAAACUGUUGACAGCACCUCUGCGCGCUCAAGAAAGGAAUAAAGCAGAGAGAGGAGGAAAUGGAAACGCAUGGUGGUGAGAUAUUCUGUAUAGCUAAAGGCAAUGUGUCACCCAAUUCAUUAUGAAAAUAUAAAAAUUAUCCCUAUAACUAGGCUAUUCAAAAUCAAAUUCAAAUUCACUAUAAUUGUAGGCUAACUGUACAGCACUGCACAAUCGAUGAACCAACAGCAUCGCCUAGGACUAUACGUUCUGUCCCAGACUUGUGGAUAUACAUUUUGGAGUGUAGCAUAAGGUAAAACAUGCAAACCAGUAUGCAUAAUAAUGCAGUCCACUCUCAAAGGUGGUUACUUGAAUUUGUUUCAUUUUGGAGUAUAGGCAAUUAUGUACCAAAGACAUCUUAAAUCACCGGAACAGACCUAGGGUGGAGCCCUCUGGCCCCCCUCACAGAGGUUUCUUCACACUUCAUCUGUUGACUUGACCUUGAGCCAAAUUCCUCGCUCCUCCCUAGUUCCAUAGCUGCCUGCCUAAUCAGAGACUAACUGUUGCCCCUUGCCUCGCUUCUUGAGAUAUUAUGUACCAAUGACAUGUUUGAACAGACAGACACUUUCUAAACUCCUCCUUGUCUCUCUCAGUAACUUUCCAUGCACAGUUCCUUGUUCACCCUCCACUGACACUGGACACAUACAGUUAUUAUACAUGUAGCGUAAUCAAUAUGUUCUUAUAAAGUGACAGGAAUAAGUAGAUUUCAAAUUGGAACCCAACAAAAUGUCACAUAGCAGUACCUGACAGAGAAAGGUAUGUUGAAAACUUGUUGCAGUACUGUGUAACAUCAACUGUUCCUUACUCUGUAAGCUCUUGUAACUUUU